AUGGGAUCACGACCUUCUAAACAAGAGACUGCAGUCAAAUUUUCUAUGGUAGGGAGUAACUUAAACUUCUCAGAUGAUGUACUUAAAAGAUUGGCUCAAUCUAAUGAAACCGAUUUCUCAAGAAAUGAGGAAGCAGAAAGAUUGUUAGAAAAGGAGGUUAAUAAAAGACUGAUUCAAUUGGAGAAGGAAACUUUAAAGAAUUUCGAGGAGCAUUUGAAGACCUCUUUAAUAUUGAGUGAAAUUGAGCCUGAACCACUAACUUCAGGCUCUUUGGAUAAUAAAAUUCAGAAGCUAGAGGAAAAAUUGAAAAAACUACAAUCAACGCAACAAGAUGUCCUUGAUGAUAAUGGUAAAAAAAUUAGAGAAGAGCUUCUGAAUUGUUUAAUUGAUAAUAAAGGUAAACCUUUGAACUGUUAUGAUUAUAUACAACAGUUUAAUAAAGUUGUUAAUCAAUCAUAA